AUGGCUUGUUCAACAUCUUCCACACUAAUCCCAACCCUAAUCCUCCUUCUUUCUUUACCCAUUUUAUUCUUCUUUUUCGCCCCAAAAAUCCUCCCGCUGCGCCAAAUCUCAAUUUCUGUACCUGAUGAACUCGAUGACCUUUCACUAUUCCAGAAGGCCAUAGCCAUGGAUUCAGCCAAUUUGUCACGUAAACACCGUAAUAGACUUCCUUCCACCAGAUCCCGACUCGGCUCCACCUUCCAACGCCCCAAAAUCGCCUUCCUGUUCCUCACUAAUUCAGACCUUCAUUUUGCGCCGCUGUGGGAACUCUUUUUUGCGAAUGUAAGCGUUAGUAAUAACCCACACGAGCAUCUUUAUAAUAUUUACAUCCACGCUGAUCCUUCAGUGAAAAUUACCCCUCCAGAUGGGGUGUUUAAGGAUAAGAUUAUACCCUCGAAGAGGACUCAGAGAUCUUCGCCUACUUUGAUUUCGGCUGCACGUCGCCUCCUUGCCACUGCGAUGCUUGAUGACCCUGCUAACGCGUACUUUGCGAUGAUAUCACAGCACUGUAUUCCGCUUCAUUCCUUUAACUAUUUGUAUAAUUUUCUAUUUGAUCUGAGAAAAUUGUCGGGAGACUUGGAGUUUCCUAGUUACAUUGAGAUCUUGUCGGAUGAGCCGACUCUAUGGGACAGGUAUAAUGCCAGGGGAGAAAAUGUAAUGCUCCCAGAAGUGGAUUUUGAUCAAUUCCGAGUGGGUUCUCAAUUUUUUACUUUAACGCGAAAACACGCGUUGAUGGUGAUCAAAGAUAGGCGACUAUGGAGGAAAUUCAAGCUGCCUUGUCUAAAUGUUGAAUCUUGUUAUCCGGAGGAGCAUUAUUUUCCUACACUUUUGUCAAUGCAGGAUCCGAAGGGAUGCACACAUUACACAUUGACAAGUGUGAAUUGGACUGACAGUGUGAAUGGGCAUCCACACACUUAUCACCCACCUGAAUUGUCCCCUGAGCUGAUUUACAGGCUCAGGGAAUCCAAUUCGAGUUAUUCCCACACUUAUUUUCAAGGACUGAUUUUUGCCUCGGAAGAAGAAAAUGACAGGCAAAAGUUGAGCCUUUACAAAGGAAGAAUGUUGGAGUACCAAGCGGAAUUUGGGUCUUCGAGAGGCUGUUAA